AUGUGUUGUUUUUCACGCAAACAUAUCAAUUGUCGUAGGCUUCGGUGUCGCGUGUGCGAUUGCCGCCACGCAAAAGUGCAGUGAUUCGGUGAUUUAAAAACAGACAGCUUUUACCAAUGUUUCAGGAAAAAUAACUGGAUUCCAGCCGAAAAACGGUAAAAACAGAAAAGUGGUAAAUGUACAUAAUAUCCCCCCCCCCAUUCAUUAUUCGCUUUUUCGAAUUUCGCUUCUAAUUCCUGUCUUACGUCAAAUGUUGUCGGUAAUUGGCUGAAAAGAAACAACAACUUCUAUAUACUUGACCACUUACGAAAAAUAGUGUGUGGGAGGAGGAGACGCCGACAAAAGUCAUGUUUUCGCACCUCUUCUCCGUCAUUUCGAUCAAAAAGAUUGUCUACGCUAUUGAUAAAGUGCUUAUUUUUUGAUUUGUCCGGUCUUUCCUUUUUAAAAUUUUUCUCGUUCCGAUUGUGGUUCUUCACGUUUUUCAGAGAUGCCUGAAAUUAUCCUUUCACUUUUCUCGUUUUUUUUGCAUCCGACAAAAUCUCCACCGAAAUCCGUGCGGAAACGUACAAAUCGCUUCCACGUCAGUGCUCUCUUGACAUAAUUGGGUACGGAAGAAUCGAAAUAAAUCAUCGUGCCCCGGUGAUGUCCUUUUUGUAGAAAUAUUAUUAUUAUUUAUUAUGCGAUGACACACACACACACACACACACAGAAAACGAAAAUGAAUUGUGGUCUUCGUAUGAGUGUGUCCUUUCGCCGAUUCCGAUCGUCACUGCUAAACUUUUUUGCAUUAAAAAGAGAUUUAGGCCGGUUUCAGGCGUUUUUAGCUUCGGAUUUUGUUUGAACACGUUCAAAACCUCUUUUUGCACUCAUUUUCCACUUUUGUCCUCUUUUUGUCGCGAAAAAUUCAGAGAAGCGCCUUUAAAUUAGAGUUACUCUCGUUUUGUUUUGUAUUUUCUGGUUUCACUGUUUGUUUGCCGUGGAAAACGAAUUGGCUCUUACCGCGACACAAGCCUAGUAAAAUCUUCAGUCAAAAUCCGUAAUGCGCCUUUAAAUUGUAGGUUACGGUAGCGGGAUCUCGAAUGCUUCAAUUGCCAGCUGAUUUUUCAAUUGAGAAUCACGAAAAUAGCCAUAAAAAUGCAAAUUGGGUUUCGCCGCGCGAAAAAAUUUCAUUAGAAUCCUCGAUUUUUUCGUUGUUUACGCACAAAAACGCCAAAAUUUCCAAGCCCAAUUCAAAGACGCAUCACCACCGUUUGACCGUUUGCGGUGACUCAUCAGACACUUCACUUUUCACUUGUAACAAAUGACGUCAUGCGAACAUCUGAAUCACCGCAAAAAUUAGCGAAUUUCGAAUUCAGGCCGAACAAACACGGUUUUCGCUUGCAACAAAGCGUCGUAUUUGCUCAAAUCUCAAGUACCGCCCCUUUUUGAAAAAAAAGAAAAGUUUUGCCUCCUUUCCUGGUGGCAAACGUCAUCGUUUUCCCUCCGAGUAUCCGGUUUCUCAAAAAAAAGAGAAGAAAAGUUUCCCACCACAGUUUCACCGCAUUCUCUUCGCCGACAAACCUCCUAAUUAAAAGUUCGACGACGUUUUGUCGUGGGCGUCUCCGAAACCUAUUGUACUUUUACAGUUGUGGUCUGACUCACGCACCUAAUCACUUUUUCAUUUUUCCAGAUUUCUUUGGGACUUUCGCAAUCUUCCCCUCCAAAAUUCGGCCACUCUGAGGAGGUAUCCGAUUGCAUUCCCACGAUUUUCAACAAAAUUUCCAUUUCCAGAUACCUUCACAAUGCGCUCAAACUAUCCGUCGACUUGGUCGCAUCGAAAAAAGUUGGAAUGUUAAUUUCGAGUCAUUUCCGAUUAGUCCUCUGUCUUCUAGGCCUCAUUUCUAGUGUUCAAAGGUACAGAAAACGCCCAUUUUUGUCGCACAAAAUUUAAAAAAAUUUACAGUAUAAAUCAAAACGAACUCAACGAGCUUUCGCGAAAAUUCAAAUAUUAUCAUUCGGCGGUGAGACCCGCGGCGCCGGACAAUUUUGUGUCCGAUCGGAACGGAACCUUUUUCAAUAUUCCCGUUGAGAUGCACCUAUUGGCCACCCGGACCAUUAAUGUGAGUCAAAAAUGAAGCCAUAACUCGAGAAUUGAUAAUUUUCACAAUAAGUGGUCAACUACAAAGUUGUAGAGCACAAAAUUUGCGACAACUUUUCAGUUGAUCACUUGUUGUAAAAACUAUUGGUUCGCGAGAUAUGAUUGUGUUUUCUCACGACACUUGCUCGAAGAUGAAUCCAAAAUUUCCAGAGAAGCGUGUACAUUGAAAUAAUUCUGGUGAUGACGUGGAUCGACGAGCGGCUGCGGCUCCGCGAGCUCAAAGACCGCUUCUCGAUGCCCGUCGAGUACGCUGCGUGGCAACCGUCGCUCGUCUUCUCGCCCGCGAUCACAUCGAAAUACACGACGUUGGCGCCGACGAGUGGCACCCUCAACACCUACAACACGAUCAAAACGAGCAUCGAAUGCCAGACGAGCGCGUGGAAACAUCCGUUCGAGAGCUUCACGUGCAGUCUGUCCGUGGUCCCCGAGGGCGAUGAGACGCUUACCGUCACCGCGUUUCACGAUUUGAGAACGCCCACGCAAAAGCUGCUGACCAACGUGUUUCUAGGUACGCUCCUUGCUCCAAACAGAGUUUCCGGGCCUAGAAUCUAUCGCUCUUUGCAGGAGACUAUCCCACGUGCAGUCUGGAGUUCAUGUUCCGGUCCGAAUGGCCGCGGGCCCUACUCUCCUCCUUCCUUCCCAGCAUUCUCAUUCUUUCCGCCGUCUUUUUUGCGCAAUGGAAACGGCGCAAAAUUCAAAUUCUCGUUUCACUUUCGGCCAUGUUGGGCAUUCUUAUAAUGGUAAGAACAAAGUUUAAGACGAAUUUAAAAUGCUUUUUCAAAUGAAUUGUAGCUGUGUUCGCAACGCCCGUACACCGCCACAACUCUGAUGGAUCUCUGGCUGUGCGCCAACUUUGUCCAUUCUGUGUUUCUGGUCCUAGUCGAUCUGACCCUGCCGGCCCGAAGAGUACGGUACACACUUAUGGUGCAUGUGGACGAGGAGAGGAAGACGGCGAAUCCCGUCAAGAUUAUGACCACUUGUGAGCGCCUUCAACUUGUGUAAUUUCGCAGAAACGCCGUUUUUUUUUUGCAGCUGAAACCGAGCACACUGGCCCGUUGCGAUUCGUCAAUCAUGUCAUCGAUUAUUUGAUGAAGAAAGAGUACAAGCCACGGACUACGGUAGUCACCGCGUGUCCCGGACCCGUAAGUGACCCAGUACGAUGCUCCGGAGGCGCCUUGUUUAGCGCUUCACGGCGACCAAAAGUGUAGAAAGGGGCGUAGCCUAAUCUGAGACGCGUUUUCUGAAAAUUGCCGCAAUUCCAGCACUUUUUUGUGUUUGAUAUCGACGAAAGAAGACAUUAAAAAGAGAAAAAAUCAAAGUAUUCGUGAAAACGCCGCGUUUGAGACGUUUUUGGCAUAUUUUGCAAUACGCUCUCCGCCGAAAUUUCGGAAUUUUCAUACCGGCCGAUGUGGAUAGUUUUGAGACGAAGUGAGUGUCGGAAGUGAUUAAGCCCGUUAAUACAAGUAUUUUGAGCGUUCAAACGGCAAAAAGUAUCGGCGAAUGACUGAAAUUCGCGCAUUUUCAGCACAAAACUUGAAAAUCGAUUCAAUUGAUUGAAUUUCUGAAUGAAACCUGCUCGUUUUAAGCUCAAAAAGUGCGCGCCAUGAUUAGUUUAACAAAGUUAUGCAAUUACAUCGUCGAAAUCGAACAAAAUUUGGGUAAUUUUUAACGAAAAACAUGAAAAAUGGGGUUAAAUUUCGAAUUUCGCGCCAAAACGGUGUCAAAAACCGUGCACGCGCUUUUUGGUCGCCGUGCGCGUUUGCGUUUGUCGUUUCUCUUCAAACUUUUUGCGAAAACUAUGUGAAAACCUGCGCUAAACAACGCAUCGUCUAUCGUUUCAGACGCCAAUCCAACGUCAAAUCACGACGGCGAUGCUCGGCAACCGCAAACGGGCGGCUCUUUUCUGCAUUCUCCUCUCCUAUCUCACUUUUCUGCUGAUUUAUGCGACUAUUGUAAUAGUUAUUGAUUAA